AUGGCUCCGCGAAACAUCCAGAGUCACGCCCACCAUGACGCCAGUCCCAUCCCGGACAACAACAUCAACCACCGUCGCCCAUUGCUGCAGAGCAGAUCUCGAAAUGGGUGCAAUACGUGUCGAAUCCGACGGGUGAAAUGCGAUGAAGAACGGCCGCACUGCCGACGAUGCCAGUCCACGGGUCGGAAAUGCGACGGAUACAAUAUGCUCCCCACGAAGCAGCAACAGGCGAAUAACGGCCCUUCCGAGAUGCGCAUCAUCCAGCACACACCGCAGGUGACCCAGCCCACCCACAUGUGGAUGUUCCCCACCGUUGACAAGCUCCUCACCGAAGAGGAAUACCGCUCCCUGGAGUUCUUCCAUGCGCGGACGGCCGCGUGUUUCGGAGCCCGCGCGGGCGGUCAUCUGCUCAACGCCGCCUGCCAGGACCCGGGGAUACGACUGGCGGCCAUGGCGUUGUGUUCCCUGCAGCGGGUGGUUCUACACGGGGACAAUACCCCGCCACAUGCCAGCCUGAGGGGCAAGCAACUCGCUCUGCAGCAGUACAACUCGGCCAUCCGACGCGGGCUCAAGUACUUCCCGGGCAACGGCGACGGAUCGGCCGACAGCAUUCUAUCCAUGUGCGUGCUCUUCUUCUGCUUCGAGAGCCUUCAGGGCCACUUCCGAGCCGCCUUCCGGCACGUUGCCGCGGGGCUGCGCAUUCUCGCCCAGCAGCAACUGCGCGGACGACCGGUGGGAAACACCCUGCUGCCACCGGACGUGAUUCAGUCGAUUUUCGCCGUCUUAGAAAGCCAGAUGCUGGAAAUCGACGGGAAAUCGCCUCUUUCGGAGAGGAACGGACUGCUGCUGGUGAGGGGUCCCGGAUUACCGCAACCUCUGUGGACGCUCGAGGAGGCCAACGACUCCUUCCGCCACAUCUACAAUGACUUCCUGCGACUGCUGAGUUUCUCUUCUACUCUCGAUGUGCCGCACACCGAGGCGCAGAUGGCGCAAAUCGUGGAGCAAAUCCUGGCGCGGUAUCAUCAGGUCCAGGCCGACCUGGACGCAUGGUCGCUGGAAUUUGAUUGCUUCCUCGUCAACGUGUUUCGCUGGGACGGUGCGGACCCCGCUUCGCACCAAUUGGUUCGGAUGCUUCAGCUCUGGCGCACCAUGAUGGGUGUGCUUCUGCACAUGGAGUGGCCUCCCGCCGAAACAGCCUGGGACGGUCAUCUCAGCGAGUUCACCACCGUACUCAACCUCGCGGAGGAGAUCAUUCUCAUGUCCCCUCCUCCCGUCGAGUCGUCUCGCUCGCCUCCUGCCGUGGGCAAAACCCGCAGCAGCCCUUCGGAUUCCAGCAGCCCCGCACCAGACGAACGCCCGCCUUCCUCGUCCCUCCGCGAGAACUCCCCGAUCCGGCACGAUUCUCCCUCCAUAGCCUACGCCACCAUCCUGCCUCGACCGCCUCAUUCCUCACCCUCGUACUUCUCGAUGUCGCUAGGGAUCCUGCCUGCCUUGUGGACGGUCGCAACGCGGUGCCGCGACUCCCGCGUGCGGUACCGCGCGAUUGACAUCAUCGGCCGCAGCAAGCGCCGCGAAGGCGUUUGGGACUCGGACCUCUACUUCCGGCUGGCAUUGCAGAUCGCCCACCGCGAAGAACAAGGUGCCGGGCUCGACUUGGGCGCCGAGUAUACGCCGGCCGAUAUUCCGCCCGAGGUGCGCGUGACCGUCGACGGGAAAUUCGAAGAGGGUCGCGAGGCGAAGAUCACCUUCAUGCGGAAGAAUGUGAAGAUCGGCGACGAGAUCUUCCAGUGGUGA